AUGGCUCUACGCAACUUGGUCUCUAAAUUCGGUACGUUCAAGUCUUUCUCGAUAUAUAUUCAACCCUUUGGACGUCUUAUUCUACUAUAUACGCAGAAGAGAUCUUGCUUGGCAACCCGACUCCCGCCAGAGAUUCUCCUAGACAUAUUCGAGUAUCUUCCUCGGCACGGCCCCAAAUACUGGUCUGGAAUAGAUGACCCAGCUACCGUCACCUGGAACAUUGCCCUUGUCUGUCGGGGUUGGCACGGAGCAGCUACAGAGUUCCUCUACCACUCCAUCUGUCUCACGACAGCCAAGUCGGUGCAGGGACUUUGCCGGACACUUCAGAUACAACCCAGCCUCCGCUCUCUGAUCAAGGUCAUCACCUUGCCCACUCGAGGUCCUGGGCGAAUUCCAUCACCGAUAGUAACCAUCUUCGCUCGGGUCAUCAACAUGAUUGACUCAUUGGAGAGGGUCGAUAGCCCUGUAGACUAUCUACCAUCUGGCACCUAUGAGGGUUGGACCGGGUCGGAAGAGGUGUUCCCUCUUGCACCAGGAAAGCAUCGCAACAUAUCUCACCUGGCUAUUUUCGGAGACAAUUAUCAUAAAGGAAGAUUUGAUCGGCAAGUUACGUCCUUUCAUAACCUUCGGGUCUUAGAGUUGAGCGCCAUCCGAUUGAGCUCCCCCGUGGACCCGCAGACGACACCAAUUCUCAAUUCUUUGGAACGGAUCAUAAUCUCCUACUUCAACAAUCUACCAUACCUGGACGAAUGGCUGUUGGCAUGCCCUCGCUUACGAGUGGUGGAUCUCAUCCGUCUGCCCGCGCCUAACCCGGUGCCCAAGAUUCUUGCAUGCGGAAGAAUUACCCACAUGGGUAUCUCAGAGUGUUGGCAGUGGUCUGAAGAGUCGACGCGCUGGUUCAGAACCUACACACGAUUCAAGAGCCUCGACAUAUCAAAGGAUACUCUCCUCUGUCAUCUAGACAAAUUCCCGCGUCCCCUGGACACCAUGCGUAUACGAUUCAGGACGUCGGAACAUCUGCCACCAGCGCAACUUCAGCAGCACUUUGAAGCGAACCCUGGCCUCAAGAACCUCAUACUCCGGUUUGAUGAGGCAAACGAGCGUAUGGUAUACCUCAAGUCCGAUUUUAUCUUGGUUUGUAAUCAGCAUGAGGUAGCCAUCUCGUUUGAGAUUUCCUCAUUUGUUGAGCGAUCCAAUGUUUCGGUAUAUUACCCCCAAACACGUUGGAGAGAGCUGCGGAAGACGCUGAAGAAGCCGCUUGACCGACGAUCUGAAAUAGAACGUAUCGUUGAUACGUGGGAUCACCCGUUCAAGUGA